UAGCAAGUCUGUGGUAUAUCAGUUUUUUUGUAUUCACAUUUUUACAUGUACAUAAGUGAUCAUUCUUUUGGUGUACAAUUACUCAAUAUUCUAUUUUUAAAUUCUAAUUCAUAGCAGGAAAAAAAACGUUAUGCUUAAUAGUUACAAAGCAUAUGUUGCUGCCAACCUUUUUGCCAAACAAAAUGUUUCACAACAAUAGCAAAUUUCACAUAUCCUGUCCUAAUUAGCCCAAAUGCUCUUUUCUUUUGAUUGGUUACAAUCACAGGAACUAGCCACUGUUACACUGCCCAGCUUGGCACAGUUCAGUUGUGUUUGUUCAAUUUUUAAAGCCAAUAAUCAGACUUUAGACAAGGGAAAGACGGACUCUUUUGCUGGUGAACUUAUAGUGUUUGGGCUUUUCUCAAGAAGAAGGUGAAAGUGUGUACAACUCUGAGAUGGAAUGCUAUACAAGCUGGAACAUGUAAACGUUUUCAUCACUCCAGUCAUAAUUCAACAGGUACACCUCUUUGUACCAGCAGGGUUGGACUUGGGGAGAAAGGGAACCAGCUGGAUAGACGGGCUUCAGCGGUGCACAUCAAGGAGAUAAACUACAUCAAUGAAGACACUUGGCAUGGCGGUAUUCAAGCAGCAGCAUGUGGAUGAUUUCUAUGAAAUUGGAGAAGAACUGGGAAGUGGGCAGUUUGCAAUUGUCAAACGUUGUAUAGAGAGGAGUACAGGCGUCGAAUAUGCAGCCAAGUUCAUCAAGAAGCGCCAGAGUCGGGCCAGCAGACGUGGCGUAAGAAGAGAUGAGAUUGAGAGGGAAGUGGACAUCCUGCAGCAGCUCCAGCACAACAACAUUGUAGCGCUACAUGAUGCGUACGAGAACCGCAUAGAUGUGGUGCUUAUCCUCGAACUGGUGUCUGGAGGAGAGCUGUUUGAUUUCUUAGCUCAGAAGGAGUCUCUCUGUGAAGAGGAGGCUACUCGGUUUAUCAAACAGAUCCUAGAUGGAGUCGAGUACCUCCACUCCAAGAGGAUCGUACAUUUUGAUCUGAAGCCUGAAAACAUAAUGCUGCUGGACAGGAAUGUUCCUCUACCCCGCAUCAAACUCAUAGACUUUGGACUGGCACACAAACUAGAAGCUGGGGCAGAUUUCAAAAACAUUUUUGGAACCCCUGAGUUUGUUGCUCCAGAGAUAGUCAACUAUGAGCCACUGGGAUUGGAGGCAGACAUGUGGAGUAUCGGAGUCAUCACAUAUAUACUUUUGAGCGGCGCAUCACCUUUCCUCGGCGACACGAAGCAGGAAACGCUGGGAAACAUUUCGGCGAUGGACUACGAGUUUGACGAAGAACUCUUCAGCAAAACAAGCGAGCUGGCCAAGAGCUUCAUCAGUCAGCUCCUGGAGAAGGACACGAGAAAACGGAUGACCAUACAAGAGGCCCUCGACCAUCACUGGAUUAAGUCCUGUGGCCACUUGGAAGAGGAAAGCGCUGCCCCUGACACUGAGAAGAAAGGGGAGCAGCUCAAGACGAAGCGUCUUAAAGAGUACACCAUUCAGUCCUACUCCAGCAUGCCCCAGAACAACACGUAUGCCAACUUUGAGCGUUUUGCCCAUGUGGUGGAGGACGUGAGUCUGAUGGAGAGGGGGCUGUCAGAGGUGGCAGUAGCCCACCACACUCUGCAGGGUGAUAUAGAAGCACUGCUCUCCAUCUACAAUGACAAGGAGAGCUGGUACAAGGAGGACAGUGAGACUGCGAGGAAGCAUCUGUCCCAGGUCCGCUACGAGUUUUGUAAAGUGGAGGCCACGAGGAGGCUGCUGCAGGAGGACUUGAAGUCUAUAGAUGCCAGUCUGGAGAGCAUCAGUGGGAAGUACAUCCAUAGGCAGAGUCAGUUGGAUGCUCUGAGGCAGGAGCUGAACUCUGAGCUACAGUGGCUGCAGGAGGUGAUGGGCUCUCUGCAUCCGGAAGGAGCCAACAGCAGCAGUACGAAUACGGACGUGAUGCAUGCAAUGAAGGAGCUGCUGCAUCAGUCCUGCAGGAGGGAACUGAGCCCUGAGGCCAAACAGCCACUCACAGAGUCUGGCUAACAUACACAAAUCAAGAUACACUUUAAUUGACCUUAAAAAUCGCUACAUGUUUUUGAAAAUGAGGCUGUUGAAUUCUACACUUUUUUCAGCAGCACAAACUGAAUGUAUAUCUGUGUAGUCUUUAAAUUAGCUUAUUUCUGAUCUUUAUUUAUUUUGUGAACUCUGUAGAACGUUGACACUUUUCAGUUAAAGUAAUAGUAGGAAUAGGAAUUUGAGGAAAUAAGCUUAUUUGUGAUCUUGAUGAGAGUUGGAUGAUAAGAUGGAUACACUUUCACAUCUGUACGGUAAAUAUGAUGCUACAGUCAGGAGUAGGUUACCUGUGGAUAGAGGCAGGCUAGCUGUUUCUCCCAGCCUUCAUUGCUAUACGCUAAGCUGACCACCUUCUAGCUGCAGUUUCAUAUUUAACAGACAGAUAUGAGAGCGUCAUCAAACUCUCAGCAAGAAAGUAAAUAAGCAUCUUUCCCAAAAUGUCUAACUAUUCCUUUUAGCUUUUUAAUUUGAAUAAUUGAUAAUGUAGAUGAACAUCAGUUAUGGAUGUUUUUACUCUUUUCAAUGUUAUGUUUCAUAAUUUCACAUUUUUUAAUUGAUUUAUUUUUUCAUUCCAUUAUUGUUUUAUUUUAUUGACUGUAUAUAUUGACAUGUUUAUUGUUUUUUUCACAAAGGUUGUCCAUUUGUAAAUUUACAUGUGUAGUCAUAAAUGUUUUUUUUUCAGAUUAUCUAUGAUCCAUUUUUCAUAGAUUCAAAUGUGCACUUUUACUAAAGGUUACAUUUAUUUAAGUAUUUGAUUUAACUCAUUAUUUAACUAUUUUCUUUCUUUCUUGGAGAUGUUUUAUGAGACAUCAGGAACAACACCAUCUAUGAUAAGACCACAUGUGUUUCAAAAGUAUUUCACCUCCUUGUCAGUGUUUUUAGCAUCACAAUAGAUAUUCCUGUACACGGCUCACACUUUGGGCCUUUGAUGUACACACUGACAUUAUCCACUGUUGUCUUAAUAACACUGAAAUAAAUGUUCAUCAUUUAUUAUGUA